AUGGAUCAUCCUCUUACUGUUGUGGCCGACGAAGGAGAGCUUUCCUGGUCGGACAACCACAGCAUGGAUUCCGAUGACGGCCAUCCUCUUGGCAUACCGCACUCGUCCCCGUGGUUAGAUGCCAUCUCAACUACAUCCGCGACGGCGUCCAUAUCCUCUAUCGCCUCACAGAUGACGCAUGGGGCUCAGAUCUCGCCCAUCAGCACCGCCAUUGACAUCCCGGGUGCCGCCGUAGACGGCCAUGUCUGUCACUCGGCCGCCUCUCACUCGUCGACGGCGCCUACCAUGAUCCACUCUGCCUCAUCCUCCUGCACUGACUCCUGGAGCAUUGGCUACGGUGACGCAGAUGAGAUGCCCGGCAGAUUUGAGGACAACGAAAUGCAUUGGGACCAAGACUCUGACGACGUCCUCACGGUCCCCAAACUGGAGCCUCUGGAGGACGACUUCAGCCUCGACGACGUCAAAGAGGCGCCCAUGACACCCGUGGCGAGCAGCAAUGCCCCGACCCCGGCUGUGUCCAAGAUCAAACGCCCUCGGGGUAGACCCCGGAAGAAUCCGCCCAGCAGCAGUGCAAACAACAGCAAGGUCACCAAAGGCCGUUCCAAGACAGGAUGCAUCACUUGUCGAAAGCGAAAGAAGAAGUGCGACGAAGCCAAGCCUCGAUGUAUGAACUGUGAGAAGAACGCAGUGGUAUGUGAGGGUUACCCUGAGAAGCAGAUUUGGAAGAGCGGUAAAGAGAAGGCCGAGGAAGAGCGACUGAAAGUCGAGACGUUACCAAUGAUUACGCUCCAGCCGAUAUUCAGUGGAUUGGAAACACCCGAAGACAUGAUCUUCUGGAAGCAUUACAAUGAGCAUCUUAGCGCCGUGCUUACCGUGGAAGGGCAGCACAAGAAUGCAUUCAACGACAUGCUCGUCCCUGUCGCCACCAAGCACCAAGGCCUAAUGCAUUCCAUCCUGGCACUCUCCAGUAAGCAUCUCGACUACGAUGCCCCUUACGCCGUGAAUUUUCUCAAGAAGUAUCCGAACAUCACUCUCGACACUCUGCAUCAGCGAGCCGAGUUCCAUCAUGAGAAAGCAAUCGAGAAAUUGUACGCGGACAUGAAUCGACAGGAGAACAAGGACGACCCCCAACACAACACGGUUCUCUCGGCCCGCUACGGUCAGAUACUCUGUCUGCUCCUGGAGUCGGUCGCCGAAGGCAACCCUCGAGGGGAGCAUCGCAUUCAUCUGGAGGCAUACCAAAACCUCAUACGACACUCUCCACCCGAGGACCCGGCGUUUGCGUCUUUCAUCAGCGAGUUUUUCCAGUACCACAUCUUUGCCGACGAGCUCAUUCGGUACCCUGACCUGCAUUCGAAGCGUCUCGCGAGUGAAGACUGGCGUGCGGACUCUACAAUGCGUCCGCCUCGGCUGAUUGGUGUUGCCGAUGGCCUCUUCCGAUACCUUUGCCAAAUCACUUCGAUCCGGAACCAGAUCCGGCUCAACAUGGCGGCACAUAUCGAUCCCAUCGUUGACUACACCAGCCUAUACCGAGCAGCUGAGAUAGAUGCAGCGAUCCGCGACUGGAACCCACAUUGGCCUCCAGGAGACAGUCGUGAUCGUGUCGGGCUCCUGUACAAGCAGAUGAUGUGGGUGUACCUGCUACGGACAAUCUACCCGCCACUUCACUCUCCCUCCAGCUCGGCAGCAUCCUCAGCUGCGACGUUGAUGACGAUGCCAGUCUCGGCUCCUACCACAGUUGGCACCCUGGCCCCUCUGGCCAAUACACCACCACGGUCGGCGUCUCCUAGCUGUGCCUCUUCACCCUCACCGAAGAUGGAGGCCUUCAAUAAGGAAGAUCUUCGGCUGCGGAGACACUCCAUCGCCAACCCAAAGCCAUUUGUGACGCAAGGCUUCUACUCGAACAGGGCAGAAUCCCCACCUCCCGUUCGUCAGCCUCCGAACCACGAUCCACGGAUCACGCUUGCAGUGGAAGAGUCUCUCACGAUACUCGACUCAUUCAAGCCCAGCGAUCCUGUCCAGACCCUCUUAUUGGUUCCGUGUCUUGUUAUCGGCACUGCAUGUUUCGCCCCCUCACAGCAGGAGCGCGUCCGUGCGGCCGUUCGUACUGUCCGGGGCUACACAGGACUUCGGAACACGGACCGAGUAGCCCAACUGCUCGAGGAGGUCUGGCGUCUUAUGGAGCGCGGGGACUGGGCUCGAGUCUGGGACUGGCAGGGAGUAGCCAAGAGCAUGGGUGUUGACUUCCUCUGCACCUGA